AUGCGUAACUUUGCGAAGUCUUUGCUGGUGUUGGUGAUUAAUCUGGUCAGACAGACUGAGCGUUGGCGCAAAGCCAAAUUCUUUUGCAAAGGCAUCGGUGUAAAGCCGGAGAGAAUUGUUGCAACGGACGGACAGAGAAAACUGGCGGCUCACGGCUCCACUUUCAUUUGGGGCCAAUAUGGAUGCAGCCAAAGCCACGGCAAUGCCCUGUUGAAAGUACAGAAAGCCUUCAACGAGCAGAAAGUGCAAUUUGCCUUGAUCCUUGAGGACGAUGUCACAACGGCAUCGAAUGUAUCUACUUCAGACGUGGUUCCCUGCUUGAAAAACUUCGUGCGUCAGCUCGAUAAGGAGUAUGACUGGGUAGCUUUGUGCCUCGGUGGGCAGACUGCAAUCUGUAAUCAAGGCGGUAACGGGCCUUCGCGGGUUCCUGGCGUUUUCCACUGUACCCGUGUGUUACAAGCGCACGGAUACUUGUGGAAGAGGACUGGUUUGUCGCUGGAGAUUUUGGCGGACCUUAUUGAAAGGAUGCACAAUGGGGGGCAGAUCGCCGAUAACGCAUAUGCCAGCCUGCAGAAGAAAUACAGCUCUGCAUUCUUUUUUGUGAAACCAGCGUUGCUGGUGCAAGAUGAGCAGGCUGGAUCGUCACUCCAGCUGGCAUCUGGGUCGGGUUCGCAGAAAGGGUACGCCACUGCCCUUCGCAAGGCUGCGAGCGGCGCGACGCACAAGUCGCAGGCCUCGGCAGCGCGCAAGCGCUUGCCCCCCAAGGUUGUUGAAGCGCUGGGAUCUUCCAGACGCGGAGUGAAGAAGAUCGAUCGGAAAGCUUUGCAAGGCAUGCGAUCUGAAUUCGGGCAAGCUGGAGGUUCACAGAACGCUGGUGGUGGUUCGAGUUGCAAGCAGAUUAAAAAGAAAGAGGUGGCCGUCCAAAAGGCCUAUGAGUCCACGGGUGUUUUUCCUAGCAAGCGAGUGGCAUACCGCAAAUGGGGCGUGUCCCAAAGCGUGUGGCAACGGAUGAAGGAUAAACUCCUCAGCAGUGAGAGUGGCUCAUGA